CCCCUUCUCUUUUGUGCUAUCUCUGCUUCAAGGAAGGAUGGAAGGAGCUGAAGAGAUAUCUGUAAUAAGUGAGAAAAGAGGCAAAUUCAAGAGGAUUUGUGUCUUCUGUGGGAGUAGAGCUGGAUACAAGUCUACCUUCAGUGAUGCAACUCUUGAACUUGGAAAACAACUGGUUCAAAGGAAAAUUAAUUUGGUUUAUGGUGGAGGAAGUGUAGGUCUUAUGGGUUUAAUUUCUCAAACUGUUUUUAAUGGUGGUUGUCAUGUUCUUGGAGUAAUUCCUAAAGCUCUUAUGUCUCAUGAGAUAUCAGGAGUAACCAUUGGAGAAGUGAAAAAAGUUGCAGACAUGCAUGAAAGGAAGUCAGAAAUGGCAAAACAAGCUGAUGCUUUCAUUGCUCUUCCUGGUGGUUAUGGUACAAUGGAAGAACUGUUGGAGAUGAUAACAUGGUCUCAACUAGGAAUCCAUGAGAAACCAGUGGGUUUGUUAAAUGUGGAUGGAUAUUAUAACAGUUUGCUUCAACUUUUUGAUAAAGCAGUAGAAGAAGGUUUCAUAGAGGAUUCAGCAAGAAAAAUUGUAGUCUCAGCAGAUACAGCAGAAGAGCUGAUCAGGAAAAUGGAAGAGUAUGCACCACUGCAUGAGAAGGUUGCAUCCAGACAAAGCUGGGAAGUGGACAAGUUAGACUCUGUUAAAAGGUGCUAAAAGUGAGCACACUUUUUAUGAUCUCAAAUUCAACUCUAUUAUUUGUAUACUUUUCAAGUUAUAUGUUUUUGUU